GCUUCCGUUCGCGGCGGCGGCUGCGGCGGCAUCGAACCGAGCCCGGGGCGGCGACAAGACCCCGGCGAGAUGUUUGCUCCGGCGAACGCCCCGUUCCGACAAGGUCGGGGGGGUCCAGUGGUGGGUUCGGCUGUGCCGGGGACAGAGCAGGGUCAAGAUUCCAACUCCAACUUCGUGGGAGAGAUGUGUGACAGCAACGAGAACUGGAGCUGGCCCAUCCUGGGGUCCCCACAGGAGGAGGGCUCCAGCCAGAGCGAAAACACCGCAAAUCCGACCCAUAAUCUGCUGUUAUUAAUGCAGAGACAGAUGGUCCAAGGACGUUUUAGGGACAUUGCUCCAGGCUCGGGCCCCGUGUGGCCACGGCUCCCUGAGCCGGGGGUCCGCAGCCCCCCUGAGGGAGCAGAGGUCGGUGGGGCAGGGGUCCAAACCACCACCAAGGAGCCAUCUGGAGGAUGCAGCAAGACCCCCAGCUCCCCCGGGGAGGACAAUGGCUAUGCCAGCAGCUCCCUCAGCAUCGACAGCCCCGAUAGCGCCUGUGGGAGCUCCUGGGACCCUCCCACCACCGCCCCCCACCCCAGGACCCCCCUCCAGCUGGAGACCACCGAGCCUGGGACCUUCUUCCCAGCGCUGGUGGAGGCCGUGCAGCACCUGCAGGACAAGGAGCGUUUCAAGGAGCAGGAGAAGGAGAAGCACCACAUCCAGCUGGUGAUGUACCGGCGCCUGGCCCUGCUGCGUUGGAUCCACAGCCUCCAGCAGAAAGUUGUGGACCAGCAGAACCGCCUGCAGGAGAGUUUUGACACCAUCCUGGACAACCGCAAGGAGCUGAUCCGCUGCAUGCAGCAGGGCCCGGCCAGCCUGGCCACCCCCAGCCCCUGAGCCAUCCCCCUGCCUCUCACCUGGGAGCCCACCCUCUCCUUCCCAUCUCUCUCCACCUGAGAGCCCCUGAGGCAUCCGUCUCCCUUUUGCUCAGCACAGGAACUCGUGUCCCUCUGCUCCACGUCCCACCAGCCUGGGGACUCAGUGGUGUUGGGCUGGGUACACCUCAGAACCUUGGGGUUUGCUGAGUCCAACUCAUCUUUUAAAUCAAAGCUUUGCAGAUAAGAUCUAAACCCAUGCAGAGAAAAAAUCAUUCUGAAAAGUGACCUCAGAAUGCUUAAAAAUAAAUGUGUCAGCUGGUUCACAUCCAAUAUAUAUAUUUAUAUUUUAGACUCAGCAUUAGAGAAGAGUUAGGUUAGACUUUCCCUCACAGCCAGUGUAUAUGUGCACACAUCUGUCUGUCACAGGAGAUGCUUUAACACGGUGCAUGAUCAGGAAGUUGUUUACAAAGUUGUGCUCUUGGUGUUUAUAUUAAUUUAUCGUUUGAAAGCAAAGAGAUUAUUUUUUUUUCCUAACCUGCAUUUUAUUCAGUGAAGGCCACAUACAGAAUAUAAAUAGAGGUUUUCUUAGGUAGGGAUUCAGAAGGAGAUGCUGUAUAUUUUGCUGUGUUUUACCAGGUGUUUCUGUGCCAUGUACUCCAGUGAAGGUGCUGAUGUGCAGGAGCAGCACUGGGUGGUUCUGCUGCCAGCUGGGGCUCCCCCACCCAGCUCGAUGCUGCUGCGUGGAAAACAAAUCCCCACAGCUGAGCCCACCAGUUCCAGCACUGCCUCCUGUCUCCUAUCCAGACCUGAAGUCAUGGGCAUGUUGCACACCUUAAUAAAAGCCUUGGAGGUGCAAGAGGUGAGCCUGGAGUGCAUUU